AUGUGUCGAAGACGAACAAUGGAUGGGCAGGCAUUGCGGGUAGUGCCGUUCCUUUAUGGGAGAAGGGAGACGUAUUGUGAUUGGCUGCGUGAGUUGGGAGUUAGGGAAGGGAGAGGAAGGCGUGGUUGUAUGCCCCGCCUCUACGCCAUGGCAUGGUAUAGCGUUGUUGUUGUUGUUAUUGUUGUUGCUGCUGCUGCUGCUGCUGCUGUUGCUGCUGCUGUUGUUGCUGGUGCUGGUGCUAUGCUAUUACUAUAG